AUGCGGCAUCAGAGUUGGAUAUUACCUUUGCUAGUAGCAGGAGUUCAAGCUAUCCCUGCCAGUACUGUUCACGACAGCGUUUCGUCUGUCAUCAAGAAUGGUGUUAAGUACACCGUCUUUCAACAUGCCGCUACCGCAGCCAAGAUGGAGUUUGUCAAGAACUCUGGUAUCUGCGAGACCACUGCAGGGGUCAAUCAAUACUCGGGAUAUCUCUCGGUUGGAGAUAACAUGAACAUGUGGUUCUGGUUCUUUGAGGCCCGAAACAACCCCCAGCAAGCUCCUCUAGCCGCCUGGUUUAAUGGCGGCCCUGGAUGCUCCUCCAUGAUCGGUCUGUUUCAGGAAAACGGGCCGUGUCACUUUAUCAACGGGCAAGACACCCCCUCGUUGAACGAGUACAGCUGGAAUAACUACGCCAACAUGUUAUACGUGGACCAGCCCAUUGGGGUGGGCUUCUCCUACGGCACGGACAAUGUUACUAGCACGGUGACUGCGGCCCCGUAUAUCUGGACGUUACUGCAAGCAUUCUACGCGCAGUUUCCAGAGUAUGAGAGCCGUGAUUUCGCUAUAUUUACCGAGUCCUAUGGUGGCCAUUAUGGUCCAGAAUUUGCCUCUUACAUCCAGGAACAGAACACGGCGAUCAAAGCCGGAACUGUAUCCGGCGAAAAUAUCAACCUGGUUGCCCUCGGCGUGAACAAUGGUUGGAUCGAUGCGACCAUUCAACAAAAGGCGUAUAUCGAUUUCAGCUACAAUAACUCGUACAAGCAGCUCAUCUCCUCAUCGGACCGCGCUGGAUAUCUAAGUGCCUAUAAUAGCCAAUGCCUUCCUGCUCUUCAGAGAUGCGCCAGGACAGGCACUAAUAGGGCCUGUGAAAAUGCAAAUGAUGUCUGCUAUAAUAGCAUCGAAGGGCCCAUCAGCAGCUCCGGGGAUUGGGAUGUGUACGAUAUCCGGCAGCCAGCGAACGACCCUUACCCUCCGUCAACAUACGCAACCUAUCUCGCUAAUUCAGAUGUUGUCAAAGCUAUUGGCGCGCAAACCAGGUACCAGGAAUGUCCGAAUGAGCCGUAUUAUAAGUUUGCGUCAACAGGGGAUAACCCUCGAUCUUUCCUCUCCACCCUCUCCGGCGUGGUCCAGUCUGGCAUUAAUGUUCUCGUCUGGGCCGGAGACGCCGACUGGAUCUGCAACUGGCUUGGGAAUUACGAAGUUGCCAACGCCGUUGACUUCCCAGGCCAUUCUGUAUUCCGCGGAAAGGACCUGGCGCCCUACACAGUUAACGGUACCGAAAAGGGCAUGUUCAAGAAUGUGGACAACUUUUCCUUCUUGAAGGUGUAUGGAGCGGGGCAUGAGGUUCCUUACUACCAACCGGAGACAGCGCUCCAGGUGUUCGAGCAGAUUCUCCAAAAGAAGCCAAUAUUCUCGACCUAA